UAUCGGUUUUGUUUUGUAUCUUUUCAAAUUUCCCACUGGAGGUUUUCAUGAUGUUUUGUUUGUUGGUUUUACACUUUUUGAAACAGUUCAAUUUGCUCGAUGACGUUCGUCAAGUUUUUAGUACUCAACUAGAUGAUUGACGUUUCGCAAAUGUGUGUGUUAGUUGAGUGGUGCUGAUGAUGUCAAAGUCAUCAAUAGAUAAAUAAACAGACAGUAAGAAAUGAAACAAACAUUGUGUACGAAGAAAAACAACUGUAAAUAGUUGCAACAACCUCAAAUUGAUCGUAAUUGACAACGUGCUAACCACAUGGGUGAAACAGAAACAAUAGAUAAAGUGCAAAUUGAUUAUGGGCACAACGGAGCAAUUGCCUGACGGAUGGAUUCGAAAAGAAUCACGAAGUCGACCCAAUCGAUUCUAUUAUUUCAACACAAAAACGGGCAAAACACAAUGGGAACAACCAACCGAUAAACACAAACGGACACAACCACGCGAUGAUGCUGUCUCCAAGCCAUCCAGAAAUGAUUCCAAAGGUCACACAUCUCAUCACGCUUCGGUACAAAGUCGACUGAAAAUCAGCGAUAAAUCAAAAGAUGUGAAAAAGUCGAAAUCAAAAACUCCAGCGCAAGAUCGACUUCAGGAUCUGGUCGCCACAAACAAAGCGGUAGCCGAAAGCCUGAAAGAAAUGGUUGACCCAAAACAAUCAACGGCAAGUCCGAACAAGCGCAAACAAAUCACGGUUUCGAAUGUUGUUGAGAAAAAAUCACACACCGUUAUCCAAAACAACAAUAAUGACGUUGACUCAGCGAAAUCCGCUCAACCGAUUGCCAACAAAGACUCGAUUGAGUCAGCUUACCAGCAGGGUGUGUGUAAACAAAGUGCCAAUGAAAAACAUUCGACCGAUGAAAUACCUGCAUUGUUUCCGUUGAAAAAUCCAGCACAGAAUCGGUUGAAAUUGCUACAACGACAACUGUCAUCCGAUGUGAAUGAGAAGAACAACGAUGCACUGCACGUAUUCCAUAGCAGUUUUGGCAUUGGCAAUACCACACAGACAACGGUUUCAGACGACAUGGAUGUGGAUAUGAUGGAUUGGGAACCAAGCAACAACGCUUCACCGUACAGUUUUCAGCAGCUUGAAGACAUGGUCGUGGAGAGUUUGACUGAUUCGGCUUACAUAGUACCUGAUACAAAUGUAUUCUUAGACUCAUUGGCAGCAAUCAAAUCAAUCAUGGACAAAGAACUGAAGUACAGCAUUUUGAUUCCGUUUGCGGUGCUGCAAGAAUUGGAUCAACUGAAGCGUCGAAUAAACGAAGAGUCGGUGAGUUCAAAAUCUUCACGUGCCAUCAAGUACAUCUACGAGCAACUGAAAUCGAAGAAUCAACGAAUGCAAGGUCAAAAAGCGACGGAGGACAAUGAUCACAUCAUCAGUGUAACGAGUCCGGAUGACAAAAUACUCAAUUGUUGUUUGCAGUUGAAGGGUCAAUCGAAGGAGGUGAUUCUCGUGACCAAUGACAUUAACCUGAGCAAUAAGGCGCUGCUAAGUGACAUCGAAGCGAUCACAUCAAAGCAAUGUUUGGAGAAAUUUUAAUGGGAACACAUCACAUUCGCCAAAGACUGAUAUAGUUUAAGUAUAGCCAAGUACUACUUUACAUGGACUUAAACUUUAUCUGUAAAUUAUUGAAAAAGAAAAUGUUUGAAAAGUUUUGAAAGAAAUUACUUCCGUUAUGUACAUAUAUUAGACUAUGAAACUAGAGUUGAAAUUGAAAUGACCACUUGAUAGGUGGCAAAAGUGAUUUAUUGUUAUCAAAAGCUACGAAACGGCCGAUAGAAUACUUGGUUUUUUCCAACAAAUUUACAUAUAUAACUUAAGACUUGUUUACAAUUUGCAAGAAUGCAAUAACAGAAAAGGAAAUAAACCGAAAAAAGAGUAAUAAACGACAAGUCGAAAGUAACCCUGAAA